AGACCCCGCAUCAAGAAUUGCAAAACGGGCGUUUGGCAUUGCUCAUACGCAGCGUGUGACGUGCUAUAUAUUUAGCGUUAAAGGAAUCGAAAAAAUAGGGUUAGCCGCAAUCAUCGCCUGACUGUACAGUAGCCACAAGCUAAGAGUGAUGAAGGAGACCAAGAUGGUGCAGGAUCAGGGAGAUUCCCUGCCUGAGUCGCUGCUGAAGAUCGCCAAGCGGGAGUUGCGCGAAGAUCGAUGCACCCGGGAGCAGAGCCUGGAGCAGCUGCGCAAUUGGGUGGCCAAGAACGAGGAUCUGCAGAAUGUCCGGAGCGACGACACCUUCUUGCUGCGCUUCCUGCGGGCCAAGAAGUUCAGUGUCCCGAUGGCGGAGCAGACGCUGCUCAAGUACCUGAACAUCCGACGCACCUUCCCGCACAUGAGCACCCAGCUGGACUAUUUGGAGCCGCGACUCGGCGACCUCAUCGAUCAGGGAUACAUCUUUGCGGUGCCGCAGCGGGAUAAGCAUGGUCGCCGGGUGGUGGUCAUCAAUGCCAAGGGACUGAAUCCGAAAAUCCACAGCAGCUCCGACCAGGCCAAGGCGCACUUUCUCACCUACGAGUGCCUGAUGGAGGACCAGGAGACCCAGAUCACCGGGCUCACGCAUGUGGGUGACUUCGCCGGCGUGUCCACGGCGCAUGUGACCAACUGGAAUCCCACCGAGUUCGCCCGCAUCUUCAAGUGGGGCGAGCAAUCGCUGCCCAUGCGUCACAAGGAGAUCCACCUCAUCAAUGUGCCCUCCACUCUCAAGUGGCUCAUCGAUUUCGUGAAGAAUCGCGUCAGUUCCAAGAUGAAGCAGCGCCUGAUCAUCUACGGCAGCGAAAAGGAGCUGAUGAAGUGCGUGGAUCAGGGAUGCCUGCCGCUCGAGAUGGGCGGCACCAUGCCCAUGCGCGAGAUGAUCGAUCUGUGGAAACAGGAACUGGCGGCCAAGCGCGACUUGAUCCUCGGCCUGGACAAGAGCAUCCUGCUCUCCGAUCGCGGCAUCCAGCGGAGGAGCAGCUACAACGCGGAAAAGGCCUCCACCGGCGGACCCAACUUCGUCUCACAAAUCGAGUCCAUCGAGGGCAGCUUUCGGAAGCUGGAGUUCGACUAGCCGAUCAUCUAGUUCUAGCUCUGUAGUAGUUUUUAGUUCCUAGUCUUAGGCAUCAUCCGUUAACGCAACGCUUCGCCGGUCCCCCGAUCCUGGCCAGAGCCGAUCCCGGGGAUCCCUGAUUCGCUUAUCGGUGGCACCCGCUUUACUCAUCCUGCGCUUCUUUGUAUACUGUGUUUUGUGUUUGGCGUACAAUAAACGAGAGGAAUAACUUGGAA